AUGGCGCGGCUUUCCUACGUCAUUGCGCUGCUGCCCUGCGCUGUAGCUCUCAGCAACCAUGCAACAGCAGAGACGAAGCGCGUGGCGAUCAUAGGCGCCGGCGCCGCUGGCUCAUCCGCAGCCUACCACCUCGCCCAGUACGCCGGCUCGUCCUCGACACCCACCAACGUCACCGUCUUCGAGCGCUCCUCGUACGUCGGCGGCCGCAGCACCACCGUAGACGCGUGGGCCGAUCCGUCCCUCCCCAUCGAGCUCGGCGGCUCCAUCUUCGUCGACGUAAACCACAUCCUCGUCAAGGCGACACGCGAUUUCAACCUCUCCAUCGCCUCCUCGGAAGACAGCCUCGCAACCCGACUCGAGCUGCCUGAUCUCGGCAUCUGGGAUGGGGAGCGAUUCGUGCUGGUCACGAGGGAGGAAGAUGGCUGGUGGGACAAGGCGAAGCUGCUGUGGCGGUACGGGCUGGCGCCGUUGAAGACGAACAGGCUGAUGAAGAGCGUGGUGGGCAGGUUUCUGGACAUGUAUGAGGAGCCGCUGUUUCCAUGGAAGAGCCUGGGCGAGGUCCUGGAGAAGCAGGGCUUGCUGGACAUCACCGGCGUCACCGGCGACCAGUACCUCAACGCGAACGGCAUUGGAGAGGCGUUUGCGAGGGACGUCAUCCAGGCGAGCACGAGAGUCAACUACGCAUCGAACCUCGCCUACAUCCACGGCCUCGAGACCAUGGUCUGCAUGGCCACCAGCGGCGCCAUGCAGAUCGACGGCGGCAACUGGCGCAUCUUCGCAGCCAUGCUAAAGUCGUCGUCCUCGAUCACGACGCACCUCAACACCGAGGUCUCGCAUGUAUCGAAGCAGGAAGACGGUACAUACCGCCUCUCCAUCAAUGGCUCCCUCUCCACUUUCGACGAAGUCAUUCUCGCCGCGCCCCUACAGUUCACAAACCUCACCAUCUCCCCCGCGCCAAAACACACCCCCGACGCGAUCCCAUACGUGAAGCUGCACGUCACGCUCUUCGCUUCACCCUUCCAGCUGGACCCUGCCGCCUUCAACCUCGCACCUGGCGAAAGCGUCCCGCAAUACGUCCUGACCACGCUUCCACCGAGCGAAAAGCCCCUCGACGGCCACCCGGGCAGUCCAGACUUCUACAGCAUAUCCAUGCACUACACGUCCCUGAACCGCCAUGCCUCGCCUCCACGCCAGGAGUACAUUUACAAAAUCUUCUCCGCCUCGCCCAUCGCCUCCCCCUUCCUAUCCCAUCUCCUCGGGCGUCCCGUCUCGAGCGCGGAAGCCGAGGGCCGAGACGUCAACGGCGCCGUGAGCUGGGUGCACAGGAAGCUGUGGCACUCGUAUCCGCGGGAGUAUCCGCGCGUCACGUUCGAGGAGCUCAGACUCGAUGCUGAUGUCGACGUCGGUGUCGACGUCGAGGGAGGCGGGCUGUGGUACACGAGCGGCAUAGAGAGUUUCAUCAGCACCAUGGAGACGAGCGCGCUCAGCGGGAAAAACGUCGCGAGGCUGGUCUCGGAUAGGUGGGUGCGUGGGGAGAGUAGCAACGCGGGGGGGUUUGCGGCCCAGGACAAGGAAGCGCAGGGCGCUGUGUAUCAGCCCGAGCUUUGA